CUGAAAGGAUGAUGCAGUUUGAAACCUACGAAGGGUUACCUGGUCUGAGGCAAAGAGUGGUAUCGCCACAGGUCCUGGAGGAAACCUUUGUGCACCGAAGUGACUUCCUGUAUUCCAGACGCGUGACCUUCAGGCUUGACGAUCAGCCUUUGAACGCCAAUCGUCCGAGGUCCAAGCUGGAGGCCCUUGGUGUGCAGAAAGUGGUGGAUCGUUUCCAUAGGGACCAAUCUAAACCAGCAGACAAAGACAUGGCCCAGGUCAUAUUUCUGCUGCCAGAUUGGAUCCUGUUGACCUAUCACCUCAUGGACCACCACCAUAUCCCAUCAGUAGUGCGCAUCACAGGAAAGGACCUGUGGUCGGAGUUCCAGGUACAGCUCAUGGCGAAGCGUGGUUCUAAGAUUGCAUGGCCCUGCUGUGGCCCCUGUGCUGUCUGGUCCAGCCCAAAGCGCGGACCGCUCUCUGAAGCCUCUGGGGCCGCUGUCCUUCUGCAGGCUGUUGGAGGACAUGAAGGCCAAGAAAGACAACGUGGCCCUCCAGAUCAAAGAGUCUCUGAUGGAGGCAGUCUGUUACUCCUUCCCCAGGUGGAGAACUUCCUGGCCUCCAGAGAGCAGCAGGGGAAACCAAAAAUGGACUGGAAGCAGAAAGUCACCUUCAGAGGCAGAAAGCCAUCUCCGGAAGCAGAGCGCCACCUCCGGAAGCGGCUAUAA